AUGGGCUCGUGCAUGUGCAAAGAGGCCCGAGCACGGCGGAAAGAGCGGCGGCCGAGCCAAAUUUUGUAAGUUUCAACAGAAAAAAGUACGCAACGCGGUCGCGACGCGGCUUUUGGCGCCAAAUCAGAACUUUGGAUUUUUCUCGCUUUUUUGACUACCAAAUCGAUCAACUCAAAAUAAAGAAUCUUUAAAACAAUUGCUUAGAACUUUUUUUCGAUAAUUUUCGAAUUGGCGCCAAAAAACGCGACGCGACCGCUUUGCAAUACUGUAACUCGGGUUUCAAACCGAUAAAGCUUUAAAAAUUCUUUUUUUUGUCAAGAUGAGACUGUUCUCCGUCGGUUUUGGUAGUUAAAAAAAAAUCAAUUUCAUACUUUGAAAAAUCCACGCAACGCGGUCGCGACGCGGCUUUUGGCGCAAAAUCAAAAUUUCGGCAUAUUUUCUCAUUUUUGACUACCAAAUCAAUCAACUCAGGUCGAAAAAUCUUCAAAAAAUUGUUUAAAAGUUUUUUUUCGAUAAUUUUCGAAUUGGCGCCAAAAAACGCGGCGCGACCGCUUCGCAUCACUGUAGCUGGAGUUUCAAACCGAUGAACCUUCAAAUUUUCGUUUUUUUUUCAAGAUAGGACGGGCUUUCCGUCGGUUUUGUUAGUUGAAAAAUAAUCAUAUCAAUUUUAAGUUUAGAAAGAAAAACCCACGCAACGCGGUCGCGGUGUGGCUUUUGGCGCCAAUUUUAAUUCAAUGAUUUUUGAAUUGGCGCCAAACGCGACGCGACCGCUUCGCAGUGUUGUAAAAUACAAAGAAUUGAAUAUUUUCCAGGAGACGACGACAGGAAGCACAUCGACGUCUCAUGUUAGCCGAAGAUUCUCGAUCCGGACCAGACCCAUUUCACACUGAAAUUUGGCCCAGAGUCCGGACAAAUAGUCGGUUUUUGAGGACUUUUUUCAAGUUUUCACUAUCUUUAAGGGUUCACUUUAGGGAUUUUCAAAUUCUGUAGGGUCCGCUUCAGUGGAUGAAUGUUGAAAAAUAGCUUUUAUUUGUAUUUCAUUAUUUAAAAUCCUAGGGUUCACUUUAGGGAUUUUCAAUCUUUUAGGUCUUCUUAAGUGAUGUAAAGUUGAAAACUAGCGUUAUUUUUUUAUAUUUUAAUAUCUUCAAGGGUUCACUUUAGUGAUUUUUGAAAUAUCUUUAAGGGUCCACUUUAGUGAUUUUUCGACUUGUGUAGGGUCCGCUUCAGUGAAUAAAUGUUGAAAAAAAUAGCUUUCAUUCGUUUUUUUAAUCAUUUAAAUCCUUAAGGGUCCGCUAUAGUGUUUUUUUCAACUUUUGAUUCAAUGAAUUGAUGAAGAAGCUUUGGUUUUAGCUAUUUAUAUUUUUAUUUUUUGUUAAGGGUUCACUUAAGUGAUUCUGAACUUAUAUAGGGUCCGCUUUAUCAAAGUGAAGUUGAAAGUUAGUUUUUAUCAUAUUUUUUUUUAUUUGAAGAGGAUUUUCCCGUUCAGGAGGAAGAGACGAGCAUUUUCCGGUGGAUAUCGAAGCGUUGAUUUUUGAAACUCUACGGGUCAUCAGAACGCUUGUAAAUAAGUUAGUUUUUCUAUGAUUUUCAGAUGAUUUUUUUGAUUUUUUUCAGUGAACAAGAGCCCCCGAGGGCCUUAUUACAGUUGAACAUGAUUGCGGAUAAUGAGAAUGGGUGGAUGACCGUCGUGAAAUGUCUCAUCGAAUCGGUAAGAAAAAGAUUUAAGCUUAACUACAAGGAGGCUUUUUUUAAUUUUUUUCCUUUGAAACUCCCUGAAAUUUGGUCAGAAUACUCUUUGAGGCUCUAACUUAGGCUUCUGAAAGUUUCAGCUUUUUAAAAAAAUUCUUAGUUUUUUUGAAAAAUGGGGACCUCAAAUUAGGUUUGCCAGAGGGGUCCCUAGAGGGGCUAGGGAAAAAAAGCAGCCACUAUAGGGGUGAGACUUGGGUGGUCCCAUUGUAGUUUAGGAUCUGCUCCCUAGGUAUUUCAAGCUUAAGUGGUCCCUAUAGUGACGUCAUUAUUUUUUUUUCCUGAUUUGAAGGUUGAAAAGACGUCUGAGGACCACGCGCACCUAGAGUGGCCACUGACUAAGACCCCUAGAGUGGCCACUUUUCAAGCUUUAGUGCACGCUAUAGGGGGAAAGCAAAGGGGUCUUUUUUUUCCCCUCUAAGGGCUACUUUGGGGCACCUAAGAAAGUUUUCUGAAAUUUCUAAAGCUUGAAAGUCCAAAAAAGGUGGAUGAGAUCAAAAUAAUUGAAAAUGGAUCACUUUGAACCUUUUCUGAGGAUUUUCAAGCGGAAAAUAAUUUUUUUUUUUCGGCGGGAGUUAUCUGGAAAAUCGGAGAAGACUCUGGCCACUUUUCAAAAAAAAAAUUUUCGCGCCCAAAUUUUUCUUAAUUGUUUUCUGUGCUCCUUUUGACGUCUCCUGUAUAUUCUUCUGGAGGGAUUUUAUGAUGUUUCAAGAUUCCACACGACGAUUCGCUGGGCCCAGCUGUUAUUUCGCUAUUCUUGGACGAAUGCCCGUUGCCGAGCAAGGUUUUUUUCCUUUUUUUUUCUGAUUAUGUCAUGAUUUUUCUCUUUGAGUAGUGAUAAUGAUGAGUAAACUUUAGGGAAGAGUAGAAACCCGAAAAUUUUUUUGGGGGUUCUCAGAAGAAAAAGGGAUGAAAUGUCCCGUUUAGAGCCCAUUUUUAGAGUUUUUUUAAGAACCAAAAAUGAAGGGGUAUUUGGUCAUUUUUUUCAAUUUUAAUAAUGUAUAUUUCACUUGGAAAAAUUUUUUUGUAUGAAAAAAAGGGAUACAAUGUCCCUUUUAUAGCCCAUUUUUAGAGUUUUGAAGGGCCAAAUUAAAGGAAAUUGAUCAUUUUUCAAUUUUAAUAAUGUAUAUUUCACUUGGAAAACUUUUUUUAAAGUAAAAAAAUAAUGGAUAAAAUGUCCCUUUUAUAGCCCAUUUUUCGAGUUUUUUUAUGGACAAAAAAAUGAAAGAAUUUGGUCAUUUUUUUCAAUUUUAAUAAUGUUUAUUUCACUUGGAAAAAAACAUUUAUAUGAAAAAAAAGGGAUAAAAUGUCCCGUUUAUAGCCGGUUUUUAGAGUUUUGAAGGACAAAAAAAUGUAGAAAUUUGGUCAUUUUUUUCAGUUUUAAUAAUGUAUAUUUCACUUGGAAAAAAAUUUCGUUAUGAAAAAAAUCGAUAAAAUGUCACUUUUUUUAGCCCAUUUUUUGAAGUUUUUUUAAGGACAAAAUAAUUUUUAAAAAACCAAUAAUAUAAAUUUUUCUCCAGGAAACGGUCCACACGGUGAUGGAGAAGCUGCAGCUCAACAAGCAGACGGUCGUGAAGCGGGCCCAACACCCGCGGUGGUACCGCAACGCCUGCAUCGUCCUCGGCAGUCUGGCCGAGAAGAUGGCCGGCACCGCCGCCGUCGCCAUGUUCAACAAGGACAUCCAGGCCUUCCUCCUCGCCAAUAUUUGUCAUAACAUGGUGAGAUUUCAGUGGCCACUAGAGGGUUUUGACGUUGUCGUGGCCACUAUAGUGGUCAAAUUAGUCGCCACUUAAGGGGUUAAAAAUUAGUGGCCACUAUAGAGGUCUAAGUGCGAUUACUAGACCACUAAAAGUUUUAGUGGCCACUAUAGUGGUCAAACAAGUGGCCACUAUAGAGGUCUAAGUGCUACUACUAGACCGCUUAGUGGCCACUUUAGGGGUCAAUGGAUCGACAUAAUUGGUCCAAUAUGUUUGUUUUGAAAUUAUCAGAGUUACUGGAAGGAAUACUGGAUGAAAAACUACUGAAGUGGCCACUAAAACGGAAAACAGUGGCCACUAUAGAGGUGGGUUUAGUGGCCACUUUAGUGUCCCCUCCAAGUAGCCCUUGGUGAGCCUCUAUAGUGCCAACUUAAAUUCUUCCCAGAAAUGUUUCGUCUAGAAUGGUCAAGAUUGAACUUUUUAACGCCAGAGAGGCCCCUUGAGGGGUUAGGGGAAAAACAGCCCCUUUAGGAGACUAAACAGAGCUCCAUUUUAGGGCGAAAUUUAGGUGGCCCCUAGAGGGGUUUAGAGUCUAGCCCUUGAUUCACUGAAACUUAAGUGGUCCCUUUAGGGGACCUUCAAUUUUUCGUUAAGAUGUGAAAAUUCAAUGAACGUGUUUAAUGAAACUUGAGCGAGCAGGGAAUUAAAGUGGUCCCUAGAGGGGUACCUUCAAGGGCCCCUAAGAUUCCCCUAUAGGGACCACUCUGGCGGUUUUAAAGACGCAAAAAAGAUUAUUAAAAAAGACAAAGUGGUUUGAUUUUUUUUUAGUAUAUCUAGUAGCAGGAUUAACUGGGAAAAUUUUUUAGUGGCCAAUAUAGUGGUCAAAUUAUAGAAAAUCAGGUUUUUCAAGAGAACCUAUUUUUCGAAAAUUUCGAGAUGAUACCAUCAUAUUUUCCUAGGUUUUUGCUUUAAAAACCCCUUUUCCUGGAGAGUAUUGUACAGGAAGACGUUGAAAAUAACCAAUUUAUGUGAUUUUUUUGAAGUUUUUGGUUAUAAAAAAACGUCCAUUUUGUUCGAAAGGAAGAGCUCGAUCAAAUUUAUUGAUUUUUAUCAGAGUUUUUUUCUAAAAAAUCCCUGUGGAAUUAUCAAAUCAUUCUAAAGAUUGAAUUGAAAAAAAAUAUUUGAUUAACAUGAAGAAAUCCCGGGGAAAAACUACCACGUCAUAUUAUUCGCCUUGCUGGCUUUCGAGAAAUUUGCUCAAACCAGCGAAAAUCAACACCAAAUCUCCUGGCUCUUCAACAACUGCGUUCAUCAUCCUCUCAAGGUUUAUUUUUGAUUUUUUUAAGUUUCUUUAAAAAAAGUAUUCAAAGAAAAAGACGAUUUUUAGUGAUGAAAAAAAUUCGGAAAAAGCUCAUUUUUUUCCCUUUUUUUCUCGGAUUUUUUUGGUCAUUUUUGGGGGUUUCCGCCUUUUUUUCAAAAAAACUUAUAUAACUAUUUCAUUAAGAAGAGGCUUUCAAAAAAAUAUUUUUUUACCACCUUUUUUUGCUUCCUUGUUGUUUUUUUAUUGAGAAAAAAAGUGAAAAAAACGAAUAUUUUUCUGAGUUUUUUUACUCACUGAAAUGUUCCUGAAAAGUUUUUAAAAUGCUGUUUUUUUGACUUUUUUUAAUCAUUUCUCGCGCCUUUUUUUCAACACCUUGAUAAGGAAUUUUUUUAACAGAAAUCCGUGAAAAUGAAGAUUUUUUUACGAACUUUUUCGCUGAAAAAAAUCAGCAAUUUUUUUCAUGAUUUUUAACUUUUGUGACUCAAAUUUUUUUGACAAAAAAAGCCCUAAAAAAAUAUUCUCCCUUGGAAAAAUGUCCUUAAAUUUAAAGAAAGGUUCUUUAGGCGCAGACUUGUUCUGCGCCAUUUGGGUUUAGGAUGAGUUGGAAAAUGAGCGUUAGGGUGAAAUUUUUCUCUAAAUCAUAUAUGUUGUAGAACACGAUUUUUUUAGGAUUUUUUUGAAAAAAACUGAAUAUCAUCACUCGAGCCGUUUUUUUGAGAUACGGUAGCCCAAACGAUUACGGUGAAAAAGCUUCGAAAAUCUAUAUCUCGACGAAAAUUCGACGAAACUCAACCAAAGUUUGUGAUAAGGUGCAAAAUAAUUUUUAAUCAGUUUUUAAAAAUCGAACAUCUCAUGUUUGCUCAUUAUUGCUCAUAUUAGAGAAUUUUUUUCUCAAAAAAAUCAAAACCAGUAUAUGACGUUGCGUUUUUUUCACUUAUUUUUUUGAUUUUUUUGGUGACUUUUUCCGCCUUUUUUUCAAAAAAACUUAUUCAUCUUAUUUUUUUAAAAAAAGAAGCUUUCAAAGAUAUUUUUUUGACCACCCUUUUUUCGCUUCCUUGUUUUUUUAUGGAGAAAGAAGUGAAAAAUGAAGAUUUUUGACUUUUUUUACUCACUGAAAUGUUCCUGAAAAAGUUUUUAGAAUGCUGUUUUUUUGACCUUUUAUGGGUUUUUUUGGUUAUUUCCGAAUCUUUUUUUGAACACCUUAUCAAGAAAUUUUUAAACAGAAAUAUGUAAAAAAAUGAAGAUUUUACGAUCUUUUCGCUGAAAAUCAGCAAUUUUUUUCAGGUUUUUUUAUUUUUUUAUAACUCAAAUUUUUUUGACAAAAAAAGCACUAAAAAAAUAUUUUUUUGCUUGUUAAAAUGUCCUUAAAUUUAGAGAAAGGUGAUUUUUUUCAUUUAUUUUUUUGGCUUUUGGUGACUUCUCCCCCUUUUUUUCAAAAAGCUUAUUAAUCUGUUUUUUUAAAAAAAAUAAGCUUUCAAAGAUAUUUUUUUAACCACCUUUUUUUCGCUUCCUUUGUUAUUUUUUUAUUGUGAAAGAAGUGAAAAAAAUGAAGAUUUUUUGGGCUUUUUGGUCAUUUUCGGACCUUUUCUCAACACCUUAUCAAGAAGUUUUUUUAACAGAAAGCCGUAAAAAUGAAGAUUUUUACGAACUUUUCGCUGAAAAUCGGCAGUUUUUCAGAAUUUUUGAUUUUUGUGACUUCAAUUUUUGGCAAAAAAGCAUUAGAAAAUUUUUUACGAGCUUUUUUUUUGCAUUUUUCGUCGGAUUUUUUUCGAAAUGCAUAUUUUAAGGAGCUGGAAAAAUGGCUGACCGACCCGCAAUACAAAAAAAUAAUUGGAUGGCUCAACAGGUCGGAUUUUUGCGCCCAAUGGUCGUUGGACAAUAUUUGUGAGCUUUUUUUUUUAUUUUUCAGAGUUUUCCUGGCUCAUUUCCAAGGCUUUUUAAAUUUUUUUCGUUCGAUUUUUUUGAUUUUUAACCUUUUGAAGCCCUUGAAAUGAACUAGGAGUUAUUUUUAAAGAUUUUUUUAUUUUUUUAGUCACCAUUGACGCCCGAAAAAUUCGCCUAUGA